AUGGGAGCGGUUCGGAGUGUGCUCGGGCGGCUGGGCAACUACAUCGGCGGGUUCCCCCAGGUGGCGAUGGACCCUCUGCUGGACCUCAUGUUCCUCCCCUCGGGCCUCAACCUCAAUAUAGUGCGAUUCAAUAUAGGCGGCGGCUCGCUCCCGCAGUACAGCCCGCAGCUUCACUCGGACGCGCUGCUGCGCUGGCGGGCCAUGCCGGGGUACUGGCCGGCGCAGGCAGCGGGGUUCAACUGGACGGCGGAUUCGAGGCAGCAGGCGGUGCUGCUGGGAGCCAAGGCCCGCGGGGUGAACGUGUUCGAGGCGUUUUCCAACAGCCCGCCCUGGUGGAUGACCGCGAGUAAAGACGUUGCGGGCGGGAAGAAGGCGUUUCAGACGAACCUGCUGCCGAAAUUCGAGGGACGGUUUGCUAAGUAUUUGGUGGAGGUGGUGGAAAGGUUUAAAACGGAUCCGGCUUUAGGGAAUAUCGAGUUUGAUACACUGGAGCCGUUUAACGAGGCGUUAGAGGGGCACUGGCUAAAGGGGAUGGGUCAGGAGGGGUGUAAUUUCAACGUGGUCGAGAUGACCCGUAUCAUUUUCAAAACUCUGCGACUGCUUCGGGAGAAGAAACUCAAGACGAAACUCGCCGGUGUGGACAGCUUUCCGGGCAUGACAGCUCUGUGGUUCCCACUGCUCGUGGGGAAGAUUUUUUUACAAAGGGUAAACGUUCAUGGUUACACGCUGCCGAUACAGCAGGUGGUAAACAUGACUGCUUCUGUCGCCGAGAAAACCUACGCCGCUCGUUACGUCGCGAUGAAGGUGCUCGCAAAAUCGCUGGGGAAGGAGAUCUGGGUGUCGGAAUCUGGGCCGUUGAACAAAUUCGGCAACGCGUACGAUCUCUCGCUCUACAUGAUGAGGAACGUGAUUGAGAUGGUGAACAUUCUCGGGAUCUCCGCAUAUGUCUACUGGCAGAUUUUCGACCCCAACGACACAUGGUCACUGAUCGGGGCAUCAUCAGAGGAAAUGAGUAUGGAUAACAAAGGCUUGCUGAGUGGAAUCGGUGCAUUGGCAUCAGUCCAUUGGCACGAGUGCAAUGGUAUCGGUCCAUUGUCAUCAGUGGCAUGA